AUGGAGAACGCCAGCAACAUUACGAUAACCAUCGAAGGGGGUGGCUCCAGCUCUGGCGCACGGCGUGUCUGCAAGGAUCGUACGGAUCCUGACCACGUCGACAUCGGCGACAUGUCGCGCAACUGGAAAAGCAGCGAAGCCCUCCUGCUGGAUGAUGACUAUACGUGGGAGUGCAGCAACUCGAAGAUCCGUGUCACGCAGAUCCAAGUCGGCACCGACGGCUUGGCUGUGGUCGUCUCAAAGGGCGGCCGGGCACGCGACUGUCUGACGUCGGCGGAGGUGGGCGGUCUGACCUUGGCCAUGCUCCACUGGAUGUUCACCGACUGGCGGCUCGGCCGCAGCGA